AUGACAUUUAAGGCACACAGCGAACAGACAUCGCUUUUCAUUGAUGGACUUCUCCGCCUCGGUUCUGCGAGCUCGUGCAUUCGCCAUCAGAGGGCUACAAAAGACAGGGAUAUAAGAUUUCAAAGCUAUUUCUUAGUGUUAAACAGCGCCCUCUCGGACAUCCGUUUCGAUGAGUUUUGUUCACUCCGCAUAAGAGAUCGUCCGCUUCUUUUCCGGUUUGUCAAAAUGGGUAUCGAUAUUAAUCAUAAGCACGAUAGAAAGGUUCGGCGUACAGAACCUAAAUCUCAAGAUGUCUACCUACGACUUCUCGUCAAACUGUAUCGGUUCUUGGCCAGGCGUACAAAUUCCAAGUUUAACAAGAUCAUUCUUAAAAGACUCUUUAUGAGUAAGAUACAUCGUCCACCGAUUUCUCUUGCACGAGUUGUCAGGUUUAUGAAAAAACCUGGACGUGAAAAUUCUAUUGCAGUAAUUGUGGGGACAGUAACAGAUGAUGCUAGGAUUUUUGAAGUUCCUAAACUUACAGUCUGUGCUCUGCGUAUUACUGAGAAAGCUAGGGCCCGUAUCUUGAAAGCUGGAGGUGAAUUGAUCAGUUUUGAUCAGUUAGCAUUGCGUGCACCUACUGGAAAACGGACGGUCUUAAUGCAAGGUCCUCGUAAGGCACGUGAAGCAGUGAAACACUUUGGACCAGCUCCCGGUGUACCACAUUCUCAUACGAAGCCAUUAGUAUGUUCUAAAGGACGAAAGUUUGAAAGAGCAAGAGGCCGUAGGCGAAGCUGUGGUUAUAAGAAAUAAAUUUUGUUUAUUUGCCAUCA